AUGAUGCUUGGGACAGUUCGCCGAUUUGGCGUUUCACACGCGCUGCGCGCUACUGCACCUCGCUCGAUCUCAGCGCGGUUGGCUACUCAGCUGCCGAAAUGGCAAGCUCCUUCGACCAUUUCAUCUCUUUCUGCAACCAGAUCGCUUCAUUCCUCUUUCCCGAGGCUGUCUGCGGCUACUGCGCAGGCAAUUGUUGAAGAAACCGAGCCCUCCAAGCCUGCGAUAAUCACAGAGUUUUCCGACCUAGCGGGAGAGAAUCUCAUUCACAACAAGAUUAUCAAGAACAUCAUUCAACCUGACCGGAUGAACCUCAAGACUAUGACUGAGGUGCAGUCUCUUACUCUCAACGAGAUUGUCAAGGGCGAUGAUAUCCUCGCCCAGGCCAAAACAGGAACUGGCAAGACGCUUGCUUUCCUUGUACCCACUCUUCAAAACAUUUUGAAUGAUCCCAGUGUCGAUGUAUCCAAGGUUGGCCGCCGCUCAGCCAGAACUGCUCCUUCAGAAAUCCGUGCUCUUAUUAUCUCCCCUACCCGCGAACUCGCGGAACAGAUCGCAGUUGAGGCCAGAAAGGUUGCGUUUGGCACUGGUCUUAUUGUCCAGACCGCUGUUGGGGGCACGCAGAAGCGUGCCGGUCUUGCCAAGAUUCAACAGGAGGGAUGCCACCUGCUCAUCGGUACCCCGGGACGUCUCAAGGACAUCCUCUCGGACCCUUGGACUGGUGUCUCUGCUCCCAAGCUGAACACUUUGAUUCUUGACGAGGCAGAUCGCCUUCUUGACCAGGGUUUCGCUCCUGAAGUUGAAGAGAUCCAGUCACUGCUUCCAGACCCCACAAAGGUGGACCGCCAGACGCUCAUGUUCUCGGCCACCGUCCCCAGAGAAGUUUUGCAGAUGGUCCGUCAGACCUUGAAGCCCAACUUCAAGCACGUCAAUACCGUUCGUGAAGAUGAACUUCCCACCCACCAGAGGGUGCCCCAGAAGGUUGUCUACACGCGCGGUCUUGAAAACAGCCUGCCCGCCCUUCUUGAGCUUGCUCAGAACUGGCAAGCGCGUCGGGAUAACGGCGAGGAGCUGCGACCUUUCAAGGCCAUCGCCUACUUCAACUCUACUGCUGAGACCAAAGUUUCCGCUGAUGCAUUUAACGCCGUAGCUCGCUCUUCAGAGUUCCGCCAGUCUUCUAUGCGCAACAUGAAAAUGCUCGAGAUUAACUCGCGCCUCUCGCAGGCGGUCCGAACUCGCAGCGCGGACAACUUCCGCAAGGCUCGCGAGGGCAUCUUGUUCUCGUCAGACGUGACUGCUCGUGGUAUGGAUUUCCCGGAUGUCACCCACGUCGUCCAAAUUGGUGUUCCUCGGGACCGUGAGACCUACAUUCACCGCCUUGGCCGUACAGCCCGUGCUGGCAAGGAAGGUGAAGGCUGGCUGUUCAUGCACCCUGGCGAGUCAGAUGUCUACAGGAAGCGCCUGGGUCGUCUCCCAUUGAAGGUGGACACAGCUUUGGAAUCCGCCAAUGCAGACCUUACCCGGAGUCUGUCUAACGACACACCAGUUGGCAAGAUCGUCAGUCAGAUUACCGAGGGUCUGGCCCAGUGUGACAAUGCCACCAAGGUCAAGUCCUACAUGGGCCAGCUUGGUACCGCCACUGGAAACUUCAACAGCAAGAGAGAGGCCAUCCAGGCACUCAACCAGAUGUUCAUCUCAUCAUACAAUAUGCAAACCCUCCCGGAGCUCAGCCCCAGAUUGAUGCAGCAAAUGGGUCUCAACCGAAUUGACGGUGUCAGCGUGGGUGACGGCACCCGCCAGCGACGCGAGGGCGGCUUCUCCCGCGGCGGUGACCGCAGUCGCUUCUCUCGCGAUGGCGACCGUGGUGAGCGUGGUGGUUUCUCUCGCGGCGGUGACCGUGGCGGUUUCUCCCGUGGUGGUGAGCGUGGUGAGCGCAGUGGCUUCUCCCGUGGUGAGCGUGGUGGAUUCUCCCGCGGUGGUGACCGUGGUGGAUUCUCUCGCGGCGGUGACCGCGGUGACCGCUCGUCUCGUCCUCGCCGCUCUUUCGAAGAUUCCUUCAACGAUGACUUCCGGUUUUAA